AUGAUGUGGACUAUACACCAGAAGGCUAUCUAUGGUUUAUAUGGGGAACUAUUCUCGGAUGGGCAAGCAGUAUUCCCUAUAAUCAUCCCGCACAGGAUCGUCUUUCCUCGGUCGUCAUUGCUCUGCAUCAGAUGGUUGGAAAAACGCCACGAAGUUUUCCUCGAAGGAUGGAAUCGGACAUAUCAAUUAUGGCAAGACCUUCCUAUAUUUGGAUCCGUUGUAGCCGAUGAAUUCCAGGCCAUCCGGGAGAAUGCCAAUUUUAUCGCAUACCUUGCCCGUCUAACGAGGGAUGGUGUCCGUCUCGACGACUUUGCAAAUGGCAGCAUGUACCGAGUUGUGUAUACCCGAGAGUGGAGGAAAGGAGGGCACCAAAGGGGAGACCCCACUCUUUAUCAAUUUAUACCCAGACCAGAACUCGACCGCGAGGUCGCAAUGGCCGCGGCCUGGAUCUUCAUCGCAGGUCCUCAGUUGGUCCAACAGAUGGACUCCAGUUCGCGCUCGAUCAGAGUCGAGGAUGGGUACUUCUGGAUAAAGAGACUCAAGGAAAUUCGUGACUUUUGA